AUGCCGACCAUCAUCGUCUCGGUGGACCUGGAAUGCGGCCGCUGCCGUGCUAAGAUCCAGAAGGUGCUCAACAGGAUCCAAGAGAAGGGUGAGUUCUGCAUCGAUGACAUCGACUUCGACGAGAAGAACAACAAGGUGAAAGUCACGGGGCCCUUCGACCCGGACAAGCUCGCCGAUAAGCUCUGCUGCAAGGCGUGCAAGAUCAUCAAGCAGAUCGAGAUCGUCGAGCCCCCGCCGCCCAAGCCCAAGGAGGAGCCCAAGAAGGAGGAGCCGGCACCGCCACCGCCGGAGAAGAAGGAGAAGCCCGCCCCGCCGCCGCCGGCGGAAGUUGAGCCGCCGAAGGAGAAACCCCCACCGCCGAAGGAGGAGCCACCCAAGGAGAAGCCCGCCCCGCCGCCGCCCAAGGUGGUGAAGGUCCCUUACCCGUGGCCGUACCCGUACCCGUACCCGGCGUGGCCGUCCAACUGCUGCUGCCAACACGGCCACGGCGGGUGCCACUGCUGCUCCUGCGGCAAGGCCCCCGAGCCUGCCCCGGCGCCGGCGCCGCCCCCCGCCGCAGUACUACCCGCAGUACGUGCCCCAGCCGUAUCCCUGCAACCCCUGCGGCGGCGGCUACCGGAUCGUCUGCGAGGAGGACCCCUCCUACGCCUGCGCCAUCAUGUGAUGAAUGCGUGUCACUGA